AUGGCAGCUGGAUAUCCAGAGUAUCAGGGGGUGAAACCCCAGUUUUCAGAAAACCUUGGCGAGAAUAUCGCAAUAGAAGAAGAUGGUGCCCAUAACUGUGUUAAAGCCAGAUGGAAAUUUUCAAAAUCCGACGGAUUUGCAUUCUCUGAUCUUCCGCUCAAAGACGACCGGAAGUAUGAAGCCAUCUUUCACGGAAGUGGCCAUGCAAGCAUUGGGCUUACACAGACGGAACCAAGCCACUUGAGUGAUAUACAGCAAGCUGUCAAGAAUAAUCAGAUCGUGUUGGUAACCGACGUUCGGUUCCAUAAACGAAAAUGCACGGUAGAUAUUGUUAAGAAGGCAGAUAGUAGAAGAACAUUCGUGUUUGAGACGAAGUACAAGGAUUCCCCUCCUCAAGGGAAGAUUUUAAUGCCCGGUGCUGAAGUAUGGAUAGUCAUUUACCUAAAAUUUGGAGAAGGCAUGACAGCAGAAAUCAAAGAUAAAGAAGACGGGUCAGCUUUGCGAUUUCACGAAAAAGUUGACAGAAAUAUUGAUUUACAAAAAGAAAGACUAAAAAUAUCUCUGCUGUCCCCGAUUCCUCUGGCUUAUGCAGUGCUAGAGAACAGCCUGGAAAAAAGUCAUUCUGUUCAUGUCAAAACGGAACACAUUGACGACAAAGAAAAGCCCAGGCUUUAUCAUAUCAAAAUAGGAAUCUCCAACAGCAAUGCAAAUUCGGCCAACUCUUUGGAAUUUUGUCCAAGCAUUGCUGUGAAAUUAGAGAGAGACAAUUGCAUAGGGGACUUUUAUGUCUGCAUAUCCAUCAAAGGGAAGUUUCAUGUUCAUAAGGAUAACAAAUGUGUCUUCACAAAAACGAUUUCUCCUGAAGUGGAUAUUAAUUUGCCGGUGUACGUCUGGUUCGAAAUUUUUCGCAUCCGAUUAGAGACGGUAGAAUGUUUGCACUGCUUUCAUGAAUCAGAGGCAAUUGAAAACACAGAGGGAAGUGUCAGAGACAUCUCUUCGCCAUAUGCUAAAGUUGCAGUAAACCAAUUAUUGAAGACAUUGAGAGGCGUAGAUCAGGAGUUGGAAUCGGGAAAAUUUACGGUAGAAGUUCAAAAGACAUUAACUGAUGCUACAAAUGAUCUGGAAAAAUAUGUAAACCUUUACUCUCUUAAUGCUUCCAAAGCAGACGAUGAAAUUUAUGAGGAAAAAGAAGGAUACCUUACACCAGUUGAUAUAAUGAAACCUUCACCUAGUUCUGGAAGAUUACCCAUAGAGCAUGAUGUUGAUUCAUGUGACCAACCAACACUAAAAACUUUACAACAGAUGUUAAUACAAAUUGAAAAAACCGCCAAAGCCCACCAUUUUGAAAGACAAACUUCUCUUGAUGAAGUGAUGAAAGCACUGGAAACAAAUCGAGCCAAAAUUGAGAAAGUUCGGAGUUCCCUUGAUAACGUUAGCAUACAACAACCCUCUCGUAGAGUGACUAGGUUUGAGUCAGUUUCCUUCCAAACCCAUUUGCAAAAAACUUGUGCUCAAUUUAUCCAAACUGUGGAAGUUUUCCCACUCUGUGAUCACUUACUUCAGGACGAUAUCAUUCAUCAGGAACAAUAUAAUAACAUUUAUGACGAACACAGACGCCAACGCAUCGAAGCAAGUAGAACAUUAUUCCAUCAUCUCUCAAAAAAGCAGUACACAACUGACAAAAUCGAAAAAAUAAAGCAAGCAUUUAUCGAGACCAAGCAGGAAUAUUUGCUUCCAGACUGGAAGUAA